AUGCUCAGGUGGCUCAACUCUUGGAUAUUCCCGAAGACGUCAGCAUCUCCAACUGCAAGAUCCGACGAAUCCAGCCAAAACAUGGCGGUUACGGCUCAUACAAGAUCACCAGUGCAACUGGAAAUCAUAGUUGUCGGCGCUGGUCUGAGCGGUCUUGCAACGGCUGUAGCAGCAGCUCUGUCAGGACACCGCGUAACUGUUUUUGAAUCCGCCAAGGAGCUUCUUGAGGUUGGCGCAGGACUGCAAGUAACACCAAACUCCACACGCAUUCUUCAGAAAUGGGGUCUUCCGGACAGGUUAUGGAAAUCAGCUUCCGAGCCGACAUCACUUCUUGUCCAUCGCUACUCAGGUCGGGUACUUGCCAAGGAAGACGACUUCAACAAGAAGAUUCGCGCAAAGUAUCAAGCACCAUUCAUCGAUCUUCACCGCGUCGACCUGCAGCUUUCCCUGUACGAACGCGCCAAGGACCUUGGCGUGCGGUUCAAGCUCGGCGAGAAGGUGGACAACAUCGACUUCGACACCCCGGAACUCACAACACAGUCCGGCAUCAAGGCGAGAGCGGAUCUCAUCGUUGCGGCUGACGGGUUGUGGUCACGGUCUCGUGCGUGCUUUUUGAAGGCGGAUGACCCGCCGCUAGCCACGGGCGACUUGGCGUAUCGCGUUGUGCUGAAUAUCGACGACAUUACGGACCCGGAGUUGAGAGAAUGGAUCACGAAGCCUUCGGUGCACUUCUGGAUUGGACCUGGGGCGCAUUGUGUCGGCUACUCCAUGAGAGCAGAGAAGAUGUACAACCUUGUACUGCUCACGCCCGAUGACCUGCCCAAGGGAGUGAGUCGCCAGGCAGGCUCGGUCGAAGAGAUGAGGAAUCGGUUCAAGGGAUGGGACCCGAUAUUGCAGAAGUUCCUCAAUGCUGUUGACAGUGUUGAGAAAUGGAAGCUGAUGCACAGAGAGGAACUGAGUUCCUGGGUGAACGACAAAUCCAACUUCGUAUUUGUCGGUGAUGCUUGCCAUCCUAUGCUCCCGUAUCUCGCCCAAGGUGCAAACUCAGCAGUUGAAGACGGCGCCGUUCUCGGACUCCUGCUGGGACACAUCACAUCCAAGUCACAAUUGCCGAUCGCGUUUAGGUUGUACGAGAAGUUGCGCAAAGCCCGAGGCGAAUCGAUUGUGAGAGAGACUUUCAAGCAGCGCCAUUCAUUCCACAUGCCAGACGGACCUGAGCAAGAGGCUAGAGACGAAAUCUUCAUGUCGCAGCUUGGAAAGGAAUUGAAGGGCCCCUUCCCCAGCAGAUGGACGUGCCCGGAGGUGCAGCCAUGGCUGUAUGGAUACGACGCAUACAAGGAGGUCGAAGAGGCGAUGAAGAGCGACCCAUUCAGCAGGGCGAAUCUUUGA